UUUCUCCAUCAUUAAUCUCUACUCAUUCGCUUCUUAUCCGCAACUUUAGCCCCCUAAAAAAACAGUAUCGGUUACCUACUCUUCUAUGUUUAACAUGGAUGUUAUGGAAUUCUUUACUGCUGGAAUUAAUCCCCCACCAUCUACCCCUCUCCACCAGUCGCCGGUCAUUGAACCGCAACGUGCGAUUACUCCAACCAUCUCCGUGUUGGAUAUUGACGAAGACAAUGGCGAAGUCCGUCACCACCACUUUGGCAUUGGCUCGAGAGAUAAACUCGCCGUUGUCACUUAUGUUGCUAAGAAGCGGGAUGAAUUUCCACCAGCCUGUGAUAUUAGCACGUAUUGGUCUGUCCCACGCAAGGCUAUUGCUACUUAUGCUGUACGUAUCCCAUGGAAUUACCUUUUGUGUUUUCGAGCUGCUAAUUUCACUCUUGAUAAUAAGGAUCUCGUCAAAACUGCGACCCAACUCGGUCUUCCUAGGAAUUCCAAGUUUACUAUCCUUCUUUCAAAUGGUUUACAGGUCCACCCCUCCUUCUGGACCCACCACGUCAACGAUGAGGACAUUGUCUACAUCCGCUUCUCCCCCGAGCGUCCAGUCUUCUUGAUGCCGCCACCAGCUUACACCCCCAUCCAUCAACACUAUAUUAAGGUCACCAUUGAUGGUCUCUGGGCUGAUUGCUCUGAGGCCAACCCGCAGCGUCUCCUCAUUGUGUGCAAAUCCGGCACUCCUCUCACCACUGGGGAAAUCCACUCCAGGGUACUCGACGCGGCGAAUAGAAUUGUGACUCAGUGUAGGUACGCUGUCGAACCGAAGGGCAAGGCUCUCGCUGGUUUUGAGAUGUUUGUGCCUGAGGUUGGUCCCAUUGACGAGAAGAUGGAGCUGGACGUGAUUAAGAUGGUGGAGGAAGGAGUCGAGAUGCAAUGCACCGCUAUUUGGAACUAAGGCUUGGUGGAUUGCUAGUAAUAUGCUAGGUUUCUAUUUGGGGAUUGUCGAUGGAUUAGAGAAAAUGUUGGCUGUUGGGUGGCAUUUACGGUCACUGUUAAAAGCACUUUUUGUUUGUGCUUUUUUUCCUUUUUUUCCCCUUAUACCCGUCUCUUGUACUUUUUUCUUGUUACUUUUCAAAGGCCUCUUGCUGUGUUGCUGUGCAGAAGGGAGGAUGCUCUGGGAGUAGGAUUCUAAUCUCGGGCCUCGUGGGCUGUUAGCUAUCCUAAGCUCGUUAUGAGGGGAUCAAUGCUUUUCUUUCAAUGACAUAUUUGUUUUUGAGGUCUACAUCACCAAUUUCGGUGAAGGGGUGCUGCGACUUAUGAGCUUGCGGAAAUUAGGCGCUGGCGAUCAUCCCAUUGAUUCGCUCGUGAAUUAUUAUUUUUUGCUAUGGAUGAGGUAUCAUACUACAGACUUACCGGUGGAGUUAACGGGGUUGGCUAGGUGCAUUACGGGGUACUUGGUAGGAACUUGAUAUGCACAGUAGGGUGAUAAUACGACGCGGGUGCUUAUCACAGUGCAUGUUUGCUGAGAAAUUGUAUGCUCGGCUCCUGACCCGCUGUCUCCACCUCCACCUUCUCGCCUUCUUUUGAAAGUGCCUAAACUCACUCAAGCUCCUUUGAAAACCC